CAUACGCGAAAUAAUGGCCUCGACAACUGUCACGGCUCCGAAAAUAAAAAAAUUUCAGCUGUCAAAACAAUAUCAGCAAAACGACACAACGGGGACUGGUUGUUUGAGGCGUCGAGACGUUGCGUAAACAGGUGUUGUGAUUAGACCAGGUGCAUCACGCUUCUCCAUAAGCCCCACGAAACUAGAUGAGUGCAGACACGACAGCCAGCUGUAAUGGCAUCGAGGAAUCCGCAAACGUUAAUGGCAGUCCCAGCCGAGGAACAAUUCGAUUUCCUCUUCAAAAUUGUUCUGAUCGGAGACUGUGGAACGGGAAAGACCUGCAUCGUGCAGCGCUUCAAAACUGGAAACUACAUCGAACGACACGGAAACACAAUUGGGGUUGACUUCUCCAUGAAGACGAUUACGGUGGACGGGAAACAGGUGAAGUUGCAAAUAUGGGAUACGGCAGGUCAGGAACGGUUCCGGACAAUCACGCAGAGCUACUACAGGUCCGCGAAUGGAGUUAUUAUUGUUUACGACAUCACGAAACGCUCAUCAUUUGUGAACCUUCAGAAGUGGAUCGAGGAGGUUCGACGCUACACUGCCUCCAACGUCAUACUUAUCCUAAUCGGUAAUAAAUGUGAUAUGGAAGAGGAGCGCGAGGUGGAGUUCUCGGAGGCCGAAGCCAUGUGCGAAUUUAUACCCGAAAUUUUAUUUGUAAUGGAAACUUCGGCCAAGGAGAAUACAAAUAUCGAGGACGCUUUUAUUUGUUUAGCUGCUGAAUUGAAGAGGCGGCACGAUUGUAUACCUGCGGACGAUGGCAGCGAAAAUAUCACUCUGGGGCAAGGCAAGCCAUUAAAAAAUUGUAGUUCUUCGUGUAACUUAACUUGAUAUCGUUUUCUCGAUAAGUUUAUGAAUAAUUUAUUUGUAUCUGUAAAUUUUAAAUUUUAACAAUGGGUAAAAACUUGGCUAUAAUAUUUAUCGAUUAAGAACUAAAAAUAAAGUACAUUAGAAAAGGUGUGUCAAGAGAA